AUGUCUGUGAAGAGUCGUCGUGGUGUGCCAGGUCCCUCCAGGAGCGAGCAAAUACCUGACGUAGAAAUGGCCGAUCCCGAGUCAUCACCUGUGGCUGAUCCUCCUGUUCUGAUCUGGGUGAUGAUUGUCCGGAGUUCGACGCCACAGGUGGAUCCAGACAGUGAUGAGGAUUUAGCAGAUUGUGCCAUUUCUUUUGAGCCUGAGCCAAGCUGUCAGACCGGUUCUGACCAGGCCAGUGAAGCUCCAGUCCCCACCUGUGCAAGAGGACGUGGAAGUUAUGGCAAGGUGUAUGAGGCAACCUACCUAGUUGGUGACAAAACGACGGUUGCCGUGAAGUACAUCCGCAAGCGUCAGAGUGACCAUUAUCUUCAGCUUGCUGGUCAUUCCAAACCCGUGCUUGCAGAAGUGGCAAUGUUGCUCAGGUUGGGAAAACCUCCAUUAUGCCCCAACGUCAUCAAAUUCCAUGAAUGGACUGAGGAAAAAAAUAGCGUCGUGCUCAUCAUGGAGUACCCUAAACCUUGCUGUACCUUGAAUGAGUACAUCAAGCGCUCGAAGCCCAUCAAUGAAGAGAAAGCAUGCUUGUUAAUCCGCCAGUUAAUCCAAGCUUUGAAACACUGCCGCGACCGAAGGGUCUUCCACAACGACAUCCACACGAAGAACAUCCUAGUGACUCCCACUACUUUGGAGCUCAAGCUAAUUGACUUUGGCCACGCUCAACUGAUCAACCACGGGGGCAAUCUCAGCAGUCAAUAUCGAGGACCAACGCUCUGCACCCCACCUGAGGUCAUGAGGGAUUCCACGUUCCACGCCGGCCCGGCGUAUGUCUGGGCUGUGGGCAUGAUUCUCUUCCGAAUCCUGCAUGGAUAUCUGCCCUUUAAAAGCAAAGACAAAAUACUGUGUAACUGCACUCCUGUGAUACGGACUUUGUCCCCAGACCUGGUCUGUGAGGAUGUAGAGUCCAGUGGUGUAACUACAGAUGGUGCAACCAUCUUACCCUUCGAGACGUAA